CUCGUGCACUUGCACACAGCUCAACACAUUAAGCAACGCGAAUAGAAAAACGUGUCUGAAGGUGUAGGCUGUGGAUAGUGUUCAAACGGUUUCCAGAUUUUAUGCUAACUAAUAGCCCCGUAUCGUGUUUUUUUUUUUUUUGCAAGUUAAUCGCUGCCAUUACCAGCUUUAAAAAUGACCGUACCUUUCUGUUCUGUCAGCAUCUGAAAUCUGGAUCAGGACUGGGCUUUUAACGGGAAGAUCACGCGCCACGCCAAAUUCUACUGCGUCAAAAAAUAUGUAUGUAUUUGUUCAGCGAGUGAAUAUGAACUUUUUGAAGACACUCGGGUAAAACUUCACGAAAGAAUUCAGAGGGCGUGUUCCACAAGUUACGGUCACAUUACCAACCCUGCAGGACAGCUAUAGCUGGGGGACCUGCGGUUACGGAAAUUGUUUCGCAGGAGUGUGAUUUCUGUUGGAACUGUUGUCAUUAGAGCACCCUGGUGAAAGUAUUCCUUUCAUGUGUUUGUGUGUCAGCGGUAUUGCUUAAAGUUUGAUUAAGGCUACGAUGUUACGUGUUAGCAUUUCUCAAAACGCACCCUGGGCGCCAUUGACCUCAAGUGAGGAUCUCCUGCUGCGGAUGUGAUACGUUUUAUUGCAUUUUCGGUGAAUAAUGUGGAGAGCGCGUGAUGCAGCGACGCUGCUUUACAGCACCCGAAAGAGCAAAAGUUAAACCCGGUUAAGAUGACAACCAGCGCGCACCCUGAGACCAUCCAGGUGGGGAAUGGACUUGAAUCUGAUUUUCGGGAUUAUCGAUCAACACAGAAAGAGAUGUCGGCGGAAGAGUCCUGUCAUCAUGACCACAAUAUGAAUAAGGGUGGAAACAGUGAAAGCGGAGAAGGGGGCUUGGAUUCUCCCAAGGUGGCAGGUACUGUAAAGGCACUUUCAACUGCCUGUGAAGACUCCUUUCCAACAGCCUUGUCCAUGCGGCUGUCCGUGGUGCGGGGGCCGGACAGACUUCCUGACGAGGGGCUGCAGGAAGUGCUGAGGGGGAAGCUGAGAGUGCUGGAGGCGGACAGCGGCGAGGUCACAGCCCUCUUCUCCGAACUCUCUGCUCGGUUACUCUCGAUCAACAGUGAAGAAGAUGUCAUAUUCGUUACAUUUAAAACAUUUGAGGAGAUAUGGAAAUUCAGCACAUAUUACACAUUGGGCUUCCUUGGACAGUGCAUGGAGAAUCUGCUCAUGGACCAAGAGUUCUGGCUGAACUCACUGGAGCAGGAUGAUCCCGGAAUAGAAGUCUCAGUUGAAGAAGAAACACUGAGCCUCAUGUACAAAGGGAUCUUAAUGCAAGAAGGGUCUUUUUUCGGGAGCUGUACAACCAAUCAGAUGUUCGACAGCUCCACCUCCGGCAGCGACCUGUACCUGGAGCAGGGCGACAUCGCCAUGUUCGAGCCCCCUUUCCUGGGCUCGGGGUGGACCGUGCUGUCGCUGGUGGACGGGGCGAGAGGCACCAAACCCAAACCAGCGCUGGAGCCCGUCGACCCGUUCCACCAAUGGUUCCUGAAAGCAUGCCCCGAGAACAUCCUGGUCGGAAGUGGCAAGCUGGCGUAUGACUUCCCUUUCCAGUUUGCCGUAGGGUCCUGCGUGGCCACCGUAGAAUACGAUGCUUGUGGGCCGGACGAGCUGAGCUUCGACUGCGGUGAUGUCAUCCAGACCGUGGGCCCGCUGGCGUCCUGUUUCGAGUGGUUUCUGGGGAAACACGAGAGCUCGGGAGAUGUAGGACUAGUGAAGACCUGUCUGGUCAAACCUACCGACUCGCUUUGUGAGUCGACAGAAGCUUUUUUAGACAAAGAGGACAGGCUGCUAUUUAACAUGAAUGACAAGCAUAGUAGAGCAGAGAUGAUCGCUUUGUUGAAUAAAACAUCCAAAAGUGAUGUUGGCACUGUCUACAAACUAGAUUUUAUAGAACCUCAGGAUUGUCCAGGAGGAACAAAUCAAAAUGGGCUGUAUAAUGUAAAUGCUUCAAAACAAGAAGAACUAAGAAGCAAAAUAGACCUGAUUCUGAGUGAACUGAAAGGAACCAGCUCAUUACCAGCCGAAGUGGCAGAGCCGUGUCUGGACGAUGAUACCCCCGAGCCAGCAGGGGGCGAUGACGCGCCGUGCUUCAUCGUCCACUUGGAAGGGGAUAAUCCUAGCUCUGAUGGGUUCCUGCCUCUGCUCAUGUUCCUCAACUGCGGUGACUACAGGGCAGAGUUCUCCGCCCUCUACGACCACGCCCUGCCGUUUCGCGACUCGCUGUUCUCCGGCCACGCCGACGACGACGAGCUGGUGUCCUAUCUGGGGGUCGCCAGGGAGACGGCCCGGAAGAAGAGGAUGUUCUGGGCCCAAAGCAGGAUCUGCUUCCUCCUGGGCAAGAUGUGUGCCAGGAAGUCCAAGUUCUCCCAGGCCCGGGUGUACUUUGAGGAGACGUUGAGCGUGGUCCGGGACCUCUUCACCGACACCCUGCUGCUCAUCUCCGUCUACACCAACCUGGCCGUGAUCUAUCUCAUGCAGAAGAACACGGAGAAGUACUUUGCCGUCUCCGAGCGAGCGGCCGCCUUGCUGAUGGCGAUCCCAGACUACGUCUGCAGUACGGAGAAGGAGCCGGAGGUGUUCAAGUACAUCCUGAAGAAGGCCAUCCUGGCCCACAACAUGGCCGCCGAGGCCAGGGCCUGCUUCCUGCUGUCGAGGGUGUACUGGAGGCUGGAGCGCGCUCAGAACGCCGUGCCCUUCCUGGAGCGGCUGCAGAUCCUCGGCGAGGGGCUCCCGGGGGCCGGCGGCCCCGCGCUCAGCCGCUGCUACCUGGCUCUGGGGCGGCUCUACGGGGAGAAGUACCUCCCCCACCUGGCCCUGAGCGCGGUGCGACGGGCCACCCUCCAGCCCUCCGCCGGCCUCGCCCAAAACCUGGGCGGGAUCGGCCUGGUCCUGGAGAACGCCCCCCGGCUGUACGGCGUGGGGAAGCAGGGCGUCCCCGUCCCGGCCCAGACGGCCCCCUACCUGAGCCGCGCGCUGGUCUUCGCGUCCGCCGACAAGGACCGCGUCCUCUGCCACGCCCUCUCCCUCUGCCUGUCCCAGCUGUUCCAGAAGCAGGGCAUGCUGGGAAAGGCCAUCCAGCACGUCCAUGCGCUGAUUGACCUGGGCCCCGGCGCGAGCCGAGCCGACGCCACCGACGCGCUGGUCUACCUGGCCUGGCUGCACGUCUGCAACGGGGAGCACCGGCAGGCCCUGGGCGUUCUGGACUCCCUGCUGGCCUCCACGCCCGAAAACUGCACCACCCCGCAGGAGGGCGUCGUCUACAACCUCCGCGCCAUCGCCCUGCGGCACUCGGGCGACGUCCGGCAGGCCUCGCUCAGCUACCAGGAGGCCAUCGACAUCUGCGCCGAGUUCGACUCCCGGCACAACUGGGCCAUCGCGCUGGCCAACUUCGGGCUCCUCUGCCUGCAGGCCGGAGCCAGGACCCUGGGCGAGAGCAGCCUGGUCCAGUCCCUGGAGUUCUUCUCCGAGCUGGCGGACGAGGGCCACGAGGUGAACUUCAUCGCCGUGCUCCUGGAGCUGGGCCAGUUCUGCGUCCAGCAGGGUCAGCCGGAGAAGGGGAAGAUCUACUACGAGUGGGCCCUGCUCAUCGCCAUCAAGUCAAACCACUCCGAGUGCCAGCUGCGGGCUACCCGUCGGCUGUGCCAACUUUACCAGGCGAUUUGCCCUGACGAAGCCCAGUGCAUCAUCUACAACGAGCACCAGCUCACCCUGGUGCGCAGGACCGGAGACAAGAGCCAGGAGGGGGACAUCCUGCAGGCCAUCAGCCAGCUGUACCUGAGUUUAGGAACCGAGAGGGCCUACAAGUCGGCGCUGGACUACACCAAGCGCAGUUUGGGCAUCUUUAUCGACCUGAGGAAGAAGGAGAAGGAGGCGUACGCCUGGCUCCAGGCCGGAAAGAUCUACCACAUCCUGAGGCAGAACGAGCUGGUGGAUCUCUAUAUACAGGUAGCCCAGGAUUCGGGCCUGAGCACCGGGAACAGCCACUUCAUCCUGGAGCUGCUGGAGGUGGCAGGGGACGUCUUCUUCAACGGCUUCAGGGAAAGGGAGAAGGCCGUGUCCUUCUACAGGGACCGGGCCUUCCCCAUCGCUGUGAAGACCAGCAACUCCAGGUCCCAGCUGAGGCUCUCCAACAAGCUGGCAGAGCUUCUGAUGCAGCUCAAGCUGUACGGGGAGGCGCUGGAGUUUGCCCAGGCUGCCCUGGACAUCAGUGCCAGCUUGGGAGACCGUCUGAACGAGCGGGUAGCCUUCCACAGACUGGCUACAGUGUACCACUGCCUGGGCCAGUACGAGCUGGCCGAACACUACUUCCUGAAGGCCUUGUCCCUCUGCCCCUCCCCCCUUCAGUUCGACGAGGAGACGCUCUACUACGUCAGAGUCUACCAGACGCUCGGUGACAUCAUCUUCUACGACCUUAAGGACCCGCACGACGCGGCGGGGUACUACCACCUGGCGCUGGCGGCCGCCAUGGACCUGGGCAACAAGCGGUCGCAGCUGAAGCUGUGCACGCGGCUGGCCACCAUCUACCACAACUUCCUGCUGGACCGGGAGCUGUCCCUGUUCUUCUACCAGAAGGCCCGGGCCUUCGCCACCGAGCUCAACGUGCGACGGAUCAACCUGUCGCCCGACCAGAACUUCCACAGCACGUCCCACUACAAGACCGCCGCCACCGCCGCCCCGUAGCCACGGCAACGGCACCGCUCACCGUACGCCGCCCUGGGGCUGCCGGCGAGGUGCAGUUCGGACGCCGCUGGCGGGCCGUUCCUGUGAAAUUCUGUGAUUACUUGCCGAAAAAUCAAAUCACUUAAUUUCAAGAUGGCUGAAUUGAAGCCAAGCAUUUCCGGACCGAGCCGAAAAAACAAAUUACAUGUUGCUGUGAAAUUUUUUUUAUUUUUUUGUAUUUGCGAAUGAUGUGCUGCAGAUGUGUUUUGUUUGCAUUUUACUGACGGCAGGUGAUCAAAACUAUGCACUAGAAAUGUUACAUUUAAGGGACCACGGUCAUUUUUCUGUUUUUCUCUGCCCACGGAGGGAUCUGUUGAUUCAGAAGGACUAACAAAUUGACAGCAGCACUGAGAAAAUCUUGAAAUUUUGUUUUGUAACCUUUUUUAAAGAACAGUUUAAGUCAUUCCUUUGACUUCAUUGGACUUAGUUUUUUAAUGAAAUAUUUGCAUAUUACAAAUUAGUACUCAUUGCUCUGGGUAAAGUUUUUACCUGUAGGGAAAUGGUGAGUAAGUGCCAAUAGAGAUGUAUGUGUAAUUUUGCUCUGGAUUUACAUUUUAAAAGCCCUGUUUGGCUGCUUCCCUAAUCAGCAUUAGCAUACUAAUGCAGAGAAAUGUGACAGAGAGGAGAGUAAUUAACAGUACAUGCUUAGGCCUUAAAUCAUCUGCAUGUUUUUACAUUUUACGUUUUUUAAAUUAUCUCGAAGAGAAACGGAAUCUUCAUUUCAGAUUAUUGCUUUUAGAAAGAACCCAUCAUUUACCAGUAAACUCUUCAGUGUUUAUUCAGCUCAAUACAUUUUUAAAUGGGUCUGUAGCAGUCGGUCCGCCGGAGAGGCGGAUUGGUCUCAGCUGCGCCGGCUGGUGGAGAGAGCACACGCACCUGGGCUGCGUUAGCCAAUCAGCCCAGGUGCUUAAAGGUGUGUGCUGCUCUCCACAAUUCGGGGCCGAGACCGGGCGCUAACACCGAGAGUUUUGUUUUAUUUUUGCAUUAAAGAAAAAGAAAGCAAUCCUCAGCUGGGAUGCUGGAGGAGCUGGACCCGACCAGGAAGGCGGAUCACCUACAGAGCAGAAAACUGAAAAGCAGCUGCUCUGUUUGACUUUUUUUUGUCUUUGUUAUUUUAGCUUGUUUUAGUUUAUUGUUUUUGCCCGGAACCAGAGUCAUUUUAUUUCAUUUGUGUGUGUGCUCUCUCUCUCUCCAUGCGACAGACAACGGUAUUGUCGCAUCUCCUUUCCUGGGGUGUCACGCUUGGCGUGCCACAGGGUCCAAAGGUAAUAAAAUGUUCUGCCAUAGUUUGUUUUAACAUUCCCUGUGUAUCGCAACAUCUGGUUUUAAUAGUAUGGUUUGUGUAGGCUUUGUUAAUACACUGGAGCCCUAAGCAGGGGGAGCUAUAAUCUGAUGAAACAUUUUUAAACCUUAGAAAUUAAAACGAGGCAAGCCUACUGCAUACCGUAGGACAGUGAUAUGAUCAGCGGACGUAACUGCACGCAAGACUCUGUGAAACGUGUUAACUGUGGAGAGAAAUGUUUACGCGCAUACCUGGCAGGGCCAAGUAUCCAGCAGAGGGCGCCAUCACUCUGUAAUACCAGUCUGCAUUCAAGUACAAAGUCUUAUAGGCCAAUGUCAACAAUGAAGCAUUCCUUUUUUUUUUUUUUUUUGAAUUACACGUCCAAAUCAAUAAAUAUUUUGAAACAG